UGGGAAAGGGUAUAUAAGUUGACUGUAAUCCGGCUGCGGUGUAAGAAUGGAAUCGAAUAAGCAUCUCUCACAAUCAAAAGUAUACAAUUUCUACAACUCUUAUAUACAGUCCUGUCUUUUCAAGUUUUCUUGAUAGUAUCAUAUACUCCUCAGACUUUGAAGAUUUUAUUUUCUUUCUAUCAAAAAAGGACCCUCGAACUUUUUCUUCUACAACAUGUCAUCCAAGAUAUCAAAAAACUGCCUAUACAUUACCCUCCAGUACCUUAACCAAGUUAACGGACAGAAUAAAUAUCACUGGGGCUUAUUCAUCUGCGAAACCUCAAAUUCAUCUGGGGUUCUUCUACACGCCUCCGACAAUGGUAGACGUAACAUGGACCUUCGCCUAGAGGAACGCCAAAAUGCCGAACCAGCCCGAUCCUCAACCAUGGUUGUAGUCCUCAAGAUUGCAGAUUCGCCUGGUAUAGACAUCCUUAGGCAGUGCGCUGCGUCUGUCCACCUGAUGGAUCCUCGGUACCUCCCUCAAGGAGAGAAUGAGUGGACCUGCCGCGUCUGGGUCAAGGAAGUUCUUAAUUCUUUACAUAAGUACCGCUAUAUUGAACUUCCUAUGGACGUUGAUUCAAUCGAGCAGCACUGCCAGUACAUGGCCGACAGCAACAUCUGGUACACGGGCAGUGCGAAGGUUUUCAAUGAUCUGAAUUGGAUGACUACGAGUAUCUCAAGUACAGGCACAUAUUCAGCUCCCAGCGCUAGCUAUGGUGGUAGUUAUUACGAAUCAUAGUCUACGGUUACCCGUUCGGCCGGUGACAGUUACUAUGGAUCGUCGUCUACGGCGACUGAUCAAUCCAACAGUCGUUAUUACGACUAUAACCUUACGGGUUCAAGAUCCUACUACUGAUCUAUCUAUAUGUACCUAUACUUAUCUAUGGGCGAUGAUGUCGUUUUGUUUUAUUACCUAACACUGGAUGUUGGAGCGAACUUGAAGAUGGAGGAUUUGUUUUGCCGUGAGAGGGGCAUUUGCUAUUUCAUAGAGGUACUGUGUAUCUAGGUAGUCUUUGCAUAGGUAUUCAUUUUUGCUUUUUAAAUCUUAG